UGGUUGCUUGACUUCCUUGUUUUCUAUUCAGAAGCAGGUCACUUGAUUCGGGAAGAGAAGAGACUGAGUGGUUACUAGAGCUGGGCAUUUACAGUAAACAUGGAACACCCAAACACAGAGAGGGAAAUAUAAGACAAACAGCAGCAGCCGUUACAGCUCAAACGUAAAGGCCAUAAAGAUCCCUCAGACAAUACAAGGAUUCAAUUCAUUUGCUGGUGGAUUUUUUUAAUCAUCAAUUACGGAUGGGACUAGUGUAAACGUUUGGAUUCCUACUCUUGUGGUGAUUGAAGAUACCCAGAAGAAUGAGCAAUACUUGGAUAUGCAAGUACUGUUGCACAUCAGAUUCCUUCUUCCUAAGACCAGAUGAAAAUUGCUGGUAAUAUUGGCGUCCUGCUGCCAGUCCUCAUGUCGCAUCCUGGCAGUUCCAGCCAGCGCUCCACAAGUUUUUCCAUUCCGUUCUCUUCCUCUCCACCUGACCCAGCGGGAUCCCACUUCAAAGAAAAAUCUGCUGCCAGAUCCCUGGUGGAGACUGACAAGACGUUCCUGGACUCCUUGGCUGAUAUAAACACAAAUGUCCUCCAUCAUCUCCUGCAUCACAAUACGGUUGAUCAGAAAUGGCACAGCCAGAUGACGCAGCUCCUGGUGUUGAAUGAGAAAUUCCAUGCUCUUUGGGACCAGACGGGGGAGAUGUGUAAAACAUUAAAGCGGUUGAUACAACAAGACAAGCCUGUCAGUCUCCAGGACAUUUAUAUCAUCAGCAACAAAACAGGAGUCCAGGAAGUCUACAUACAAUACUUCUCGUCUUUUACAAACUUUUUGGUGGUUGAAGGGUUUGAUUAUCUCUCCAAAAAGACAAGCUGUUAUUUUAAGAAGAAUAAAGUGAAUCUAAACAAAUUUCUCACCAACUCACAAAAAGCAGAAAACUCAGUGUCAGUUAGUUUGUACAGGAUCCUCCACGAAAGAAUCAGAGAUCAGGUGAACCAAUACACCCUCAUCCUCACACGAUUGUACGAAACAACACAUAAGACCGCAAGCAGUGAAGUAAUCCGUGAUGCUCUCAAGGGAUUUGUCGACCUGCAGAUGUAUAUCAACCAGGUUCUGGAUGAGGCCUCCGGCACUAAUGCCCUGUGGAAAUCACUGGAACGCAAAGUAACGGAUGUUUUGCGCAUCCCUGAGAGGAGGCUAAGAGAAGAAAGCAGAAACAUCCCCAUCUCAGUCUCUCCAGGAAGAUCCGGCCAUGACAGAAUACUGCUCUUCGACGAUGUUUUCGUAUUACUUCAGGGAUCUGAUAUUCACUGUUAUGAUCUCACUUCUCUUUGGAUUGAGUUCACAACAGAAGAGAACCCCAGCAGGAGGAGUCUGAAGGUGACCUCUCCAGAAGAAUCGUUCACACUAAGCGCUAAGGAGCCCCAGCACGAGGCUGUGUGGCAGUGGAAGUUGAAUCAAGCUAUUCGCCAGUGCUUGGCUGGGAAGAGGGACUUUCCCUUGUGGGGUAAAGGAGUCAAUGGGCGCAGUCCCAGCAGCCCCCCCAUCUCUCGCUUUUCUGCAUACACAUUUAAAAACGAAGGAAGGUUCAAGAAUGCAGUUUAUGAAGGCCACUGGAAUAAGGGGGUGCCGCAUGGCAAAGGUACAUUAAGAUGGGAUGAUGAACGGAACUACACUGGGGACUUCCGAGAUGGUAAAGAGCAUGGGUUUGGAGUCUGUGUCGUUCCUCGAAAAGAGACAGAGGGGUACGACUGCUAUAAAUGUCACUGGAAAGAUGGGAGAAUGCACGGAUAUGGAAUCUGUGAGUACAGCAAUAACACAGUGUACAGAGGUUAUUUCAAAGACAAUCUGCGCCACGGCUUUGGGAUUUUAGAAGGUUGCAGAACUGAUAGCAAGCCAUUAAGAUAUGUUGGCCACUGGGAAAAUGACAAGAAAACUGGAUAUGGAGUCUGGGAAAGCAUUGACAGUGGGGAGAGCUACCGUGGAAUGUGGCUGGAAGACCAAAGACAUGGACAUGGAAUUGUGGUCACUCAGUCCGGCUUGUGCUACAAGGGAAUCUUCAACUCCGACAAACUGACAGGCAAAGGGAUUUUGCUUUCUGAAGACAAUUCUCUUUAUGAAGGGGAGUUUACCGAAGACUUAAUGCUCAAAGGAAAGGGAAAGCUGACAUUUCCAAAUGGUUUCACAAUUGAGGGGGUUUUCAGCAACACAUUUGGAAAUGGAUUACAAGCAAGUGGCAUUUUGAAAACAGUUGGCCAUGAAGAAACAGCGGAAUCAGUUGCUCAGCUACAGAUGGGAUUGCAUGGGCUGCCUGUCGAGAAGAGAUGGACGGGCAUCUAUGAACCAUUUGUGGAGUACCUUCAAGCCGGCUCCACUGAAGAAUCAGAUGAGUCCUUCCUCGGUUUCCACAUAGAGACUGGCAGGACAAUGAGAAAGACUCCCAACAACAAUAAUGGUGCAGGGAUAAUAGCAGAAACCCAUACUGAAGUAACUACGGAAUAUCUCUUCUGCAACAGGGAACCAGAGGAAUUCUCUGUGAGUACUGACUUCAUAGAAAACCUAAAAAAACAGCCUGAUUAUAUACUGCUACAACAAUAUUUGGAGAAGUCCUUCCAGUCUUCCAAGCACCCCUUGGGAAAGAUUCUGCAGACGCAGGCCUUGGUGUUCCAGGCCACCUACUCUGGGAUGGGUGCCAAUAAGCAUCUACUGACCAUGGCCCAGGAAGAAGUCAAAUACCAUGCAAAAAAACUACUGGAGAUUAUCAGGGAUUACCUCCCUGAGUCAUUCAACAAGGAGUGUGAAGACAAAGAGACAAUGGAUGAAAUGAACUGUUACACUGUGGUGCUUCCGCUGAUCUUGCCCAAGUUCUACCCCGAGCUCUUCAUGCUCUAUAUGCUGUACCAUGAGCAGGGCGAUGCCCUCUACUGGCAGGGCAUCGUGCACCUUGGCUUGCUGUCAGACGCUAAACUGCUGGAGUUUCUUGAUGUACAGAAGCAUUUAUGGCCACUAAAGGACCUUCAGCUGACUGCAAACCAGAGAUAUUCUCAAGUGAAGGAUCAGUGCUUCCAUUCAGCCAUCGAGUGCUUCCAGAAAAUAAGCACUACAGCAGACCCUCGAGAUAAAAUUGACACUCUCUUCAGGACGUUUGAAGAGAUUGAGAAGACCGUGUCCUGGGUGCUGGACAGGGAGUACAAACUGCCCAUGGACGACCUGCUGCCUCUGCUCAUUUAUGUGGUGUCCAGAGCAAGGAUUCAGCACUUGGGGGCUGAACUCCAUCUCAUCAGGGACAUGAUGGACCCCUGUGGCAUUGGAGGGAUAUAUGACUUUCUAUUAACUGCACUGGAGUCGUGUUACCAGCACAUACAGAAAGAGGACAUCAGACAAGCCAGAUUCCCAGACUGAAACUUUCCAAUGCUGAGAGGGUGCCGAGGAGCUCCUGGGAAGAUUAAAUACAGUGGGAAGGCUUUGCAAAAUAUAUUCUGAAACCACUGCAGAAAACUCUCCAGUUCUCUAAAGAAGUAAUUGAAAACUGAAGAAGAGAUUGUAUUGAGAUUCAAAUAACCAGUAGAGAAUUCAAUUAAAAAUAAGUAGUGGUCUGUAAUAGCCAUGCAUAGUUUAGCAGAUCCAUUGUAACCAGUAACGCUGUUUUUAAACUUAGUGUGAAAACCCUUCCUGGACGGUUGGCAAUCUGGCAAUAAUGGUAGCACCUUAAGCAGGUGUUUUAUAUACAGUAGAGAGGCAUUUGGUGCAGUGUUAUUUCCGUUAGAUAGGGGUCACGUAUGUUAUCCCCAUUGCGUGGUACUCCCAAGCACUGUUCUUAAGCCGGGUCCACACCUGAGUGAUCAUUUACACAACUUGGCUGCAUGCAACUGAAUCGCUUAUAUGGGGACGUUUCUGCAAGGAGUUGCGCAACUGGUUGCUUACAGUAGAGACAAGCUCUACUUUCAAGCGAUCUGCUGAGCGAUUUGUAGUGCCGUUUAUCAUGUGCAUGGCUGCGAAAUAUGAUUGGUUGUUACAAUCUCCUGCCAGUUUACUUUCCUGUGCUAAAGAGGCAGUCCUUUUUAAAAAGAUGUGAACUACUAAAGUUAACUGGGGAGAUCAAGCGUUUGUCAGAAUUGGUUUAGGAGAGCGAGGUAUUAUGGACAGUAAACAACAAAUUAUAGCUUUUUUUUUUUUAGGAGAUGCAGCAAUGAAAGAAAUUGUCGACUACAUGCACAAACUUCUAAACGCGGGAAUCUUUUGCUCAACUAGUGGCUCAGGUGUGGACAAAGCAGUUGCAGGCGAUUUAAGUUGCGCAAUUUCGAGAGCGAUUUGGUUGCACAACUGGUCGCUCAGGCGUGGACCCUGCUUUACUGCCAACAAAACACACCAAUCAGAAUGCUUUGUUUGUAUUUUGUCCAAAAAUGUGUUACUUGAAUAUUAUUAGUCUUUAUUUAAAAAGUAAAAUCCCACACAGAAUAGCAGCCUGUAUUACUGCUGAAUCCCCACGAAACAGGGGGUCUAGUUCCCAGCAGUAGCUGGACUGCAGAAACCACAUGUACAGUAAAGGGAAGAAUGCAUCCCGUGUAUCACUUUGUUGUAAGUUAAUAUCUGACUUAAAAAAAAAAAAAAAAAAGUUUGUCUGUUCUAUUAAUCAAAAAUAAGAUAUGAAUUGUAAAUGAUAUAUGUUGUAUGUUUAAGUGUUUGGUGGCUUCCUCUAAUCAAGUUGAGUGUAUGUCUUGCACUUUGUCAUGCCCGCGAGUGAAGCGAGUCAGAUCUGUCAUUCAAAGAGUACAAGAGAAAGUACACUCUCAACUGGAUUUGAGGUAGCCACUGAACACUUAUAAACAUAUUAUACAUCAUUAAUCGAAAUACAUUUUAAACCUUUUUUUUUAAACAGACGAAAACCUGAUAACAAUGUACUUAAUCUGUUUAUAUAGAACCUGUUGUGAUUUAAACAUUGAGAAUGCUUUGUCAUUGGCAGUCUGAGUGUGAGAUCUACUCUUAGCGAAAUUAGCGAUGUAGGUGGUGCUAAUGAGUUCCACUGGGAAUAUAACUUAUAAUAUGAUUGAGAGGAAAGCUUAACAUUAUAGUAAAUGUACUCUACAUCCAAGACUUGCAUUUCCCUUAAACACAAUCUGUAAAAAAAAGUUUUACAUUAACUACAGCCAUUUUAAUGAUGGACUUGAAGAAUAAGAAGUCCCCAGCGUCAAACUUGUAUUACUUGUAUCAUACAGUAACAACUCUCUACUCCUGGUAGAGCUGCAGAACAUACCUGUACGAUUGGGAACACAAAGUACUAAGAACACAGUUACUAGGGGGGAAAAAAAGUAAUUGAAACAUUUAUAAAGCAACGUUGUUGAUCUGUUUCAGUCCUUUUAGGUCGGUUUUACUUUAAAAUAAAGUGGGUGCCUUUUAGAGAGUAAUAACUAAACAACAGCAUUCUUAGACACCAAAUGGUCUUAAAAUACUGCUUAUGAAGCUUGUGGAGUUACAUCCACUUUCUUAACAAUGUGGCAUACAGUAACUUUUAGAUUUUUAAACAGCCAUUUUGUGUCCCAGGGUGGCUGGAAUGAUCCAACACCACAGUGACCUUAUACAUAUUUUUUUUUAAUGUUUAUCAAAAAUGAACCCCAUCCCCAAUUACAAAACAUAAACUCUUGAAUAGCUCUGUUUAGAUACACAUAGAUGUGAAGUACCUUGUAGAAGUUUCAGGGUGGGGUCCUCAGUCUCGAUGCCUAUUGUUAUUGGGGGGGGGGGUGCCCUCAAUCAAGACUUUUUGGAACCCCAUGGACUAAAUCUUGCAAGUACUGUAUAUACAUUUUGCUGCAAUAAUAUAUACAUAUGCUGUAGAUUUUCUUUUAUAAAGGUUAAAUAAACUGCUCAACAUACCA